GAAUAGAAUGGAAGAAUUUCUUAAAAUUUUUUAUAAAUAUUUUUAAUAGACUGAAUUUAACCUAGGUAUCAAAUUCAGAAGAAUCCUAUAAAAAUCUUAAAAUACUAGCUGGUACUCUCAAUUGAAUGGCUUUUAACAAAGAAGAACAAUUUCCAGAACGAUACCAGGUAUCAUUUAUUCAACUAAUGUAAACCUAGAUACAACUAAAUAAGUUUGGCAUACUUCAUCAGUCAUUACUUUAUAAACAUCAAAAUGAUAUACAUGAGUAUAACUGCAAAUAACCAGAAAAAAUUCAUUAAUAAUAUAAAAAACAGAGUGUUUACUUAACAAAAGACAAAGAUUUCCUCUAAAGAUCACCUUAUAAGUAAAUAAUGUUAAAUCUAAUUUCUAAUAACAGUAAUAAAGGUUUUAAGGGAAUGGAUUCGAUUCUAUACUUAAAAAUUUAAGCAAUAUGUACUAAUGAAGUUCAAUAGAUUCUAUUAAAUAUAACUAUGCACCUGCUGAUAUUUUCCAAUAUUUCUAAAGCUUUAUCAAAACGAACAAAAUUAUCAAACACAAGACUUGACUUUAAUAUUCCAAAAUACUAUUAUGACUAAUGA